CCGUAUUACAUUUGCAGAAUCUUCCACCAAACCAAAGCUGCAGCAGCCAUAGCACCACCACCACCACCACCACCAAUUCCGAUCAAAUCAAAUCAAAUCAGACUCCAUCCCUAUCCCCCUUUGAAUUUCUUGUCUCGGAUCCUCCAUUAGCGUCGCUUUGCGUAUCCACACAAUCAAUUCAAAUCAAUUAUUUGCAGCAGCAGCAGUCCCUUUCAACAUUAACCAAAACCCAUAAAAUCUUUCAUAGUUUCUUGCACCAUCAUGUUUCUUUCCCCUAUAUAUUCUGCCCCACCCCAAUCCCAUCAUCCUUCAGAUUCAGACACCAUUCACUCACUCCAGCUGCGGCAGCAGUGCAGAUAGAUAUUUGAAGGAUACGUAUCAUCUAUAUAUAUAUAUCUUAUCAUCAUCUAUUGUAAAAGAGAAAUGGAAAAUGGCAGCAGCAAGAGCAAGAGCAAGAGCAAGAACGAGGUCCAGCUGACCGUUAAACAAGGGCAGCCCGUGCUGGUGGCGCCGGCGGCGGAGACGGCCAAAGAACACUACUUCCUAUCGAACCUCGACCAGAACAUCGCCGUCACAGUUCGCACCAUUUACUGCUUCAAGUCCGACGAGAGAGGCAACGAAGAUGCCGUCGGGGUGAUCAAGGAUGCCCUGUCGAAGGUUCUUGUCCCCUACUAUCCCCUCGCCGGACGCCUCACCAUCAGCCCUGAAAUGAAGCUCAUUGUCGACUGCACCGGAGAAGGGGCCGUGUUUGUCGAGGCCGAGGCCGAGUGCGAGCUCCAGCAACUUGGCGACAUCACCAAGCCUGACCCCGUCACUCUCGGCAAGCUCGUUUACGACGUCCCCGGCGCACAAACUAUACUCGACAUCCCUCCUCUCAUCGCCCAAGUGACCAAGUUCAAAUGUGGAGGCUUUGUUCUCGGAUUGUGCAUGAAUCACUGUAUGUUCGACGGGAUUGGAGCAAUGGAAUUCGUCAAUUCUUGGGGCCAAACGGCGAGGGGAAUUCCCCCGAAGGUGCCGCCGUUUAUGGACCGAAGCAUCCUCAAAGCCAGAAAUCCGCCAAAGUUGGAAUACCCUCACCACGAGUUCGCCGAGAUUGACGACAUUUCGAAUACUUGGCAGCUCUACAAAGACGAAGACAUGCUUUUCAAGUCCUUCUGCUUCGACCCCGACAAGCUCGACCGCCUCCGAAAAGCAGCCCUCAAAGACGAUCAUCGUCUCCAAAAGUGCACAACCUUCGAAGCCCUCUCGGCAUUCGUGUGGCGCGCUCGCACGCAAGCAUUAAACCUGAAGCCCGAUCAGCAGACCAAACUCCUCUUCGCCGUCGACGGACGGUCCCGAUUCAAUCCCCCGAUCCCCGACAAGUACUUCGGCAAUGCGAUUGUGCUGACCAACUCGCUCUGCGCCGCGGGCGAGUUGACGGAGAAUGAGCUGUCGUUCGCCGUGAAACUUGUUCAGGAGGCGGUGGGAAUGGUGGACGACGGAUAUAUGAGGUCGGCUAUCGAUUACUUCGAGGCGACUCGCGCGAGGCCGUCUCUGACGGCGACGCUGCUCAUCACGACGUGGUCGAGGCUGUCUUUCCACACGACGGAUUUUGGUUGGGGAGAGCCGACGCUGUCGGGGCCGGUGGCCUUGCCGGAGAAGGAGGUGGUGCUGUUUCUUUCUCAUGGGAAGGAAAGGAAGAGCAUCAACGUGCUUCUGGGAUUGCCGGCCCCUGCGAUGGACAGAUUUGAACAGCUCGUCGACACCAUAUAGCCAUGAAUAAAAUGAGCCUUUUCUUGCAUUAAUUAUUGUCUAUUUAUUUCCAAUUCUCAUAUUUGUGAUUUGUUCUUUGUUUGUUUGUUUUUCUGUGGGUUUACUGUUUUUGUUGGUCGCUAUUACUGCUCGUCUUGAUGUUGGUGUUUAAUGCCAGUGGCGGUACCUCAUUCUGUUCAGCUGAAUUAAUACAGAUAAUGCAGUCACUUCGUACGUUCGAUAUUAUGACAUCAGUUACCAAUGACU